UCUUCUCCCCAGCAGGAUGUGGCACUCGGCGGCUCUGCUCCUUUCAGGAUUGUCCGCGUUGAUACACGUGUCCUCGGGGGGUCCUCACCAGAGGAGCCUGCUGAAGACCCUCCUGAAAGACUACGACCGCAUGGAAAGACCCGUAGGCAACGACUCGCACCCGCUGACAGUUACCUUUUCGCUCAGUUUGAUACAGCUUAUGGAUGUGGACGAAAAGAACCAGGUGCUCACCUCAAACAUGUGGCUACGGAUGAGCUGGUUUGACCACUAUCUCCAGUGGAACCAGAGCGAACAUCCCGGAGUUAAAAACCUUCGCUUCAGAGCAGACCAAAUCUGGACUCCAGAUAUUCUACUGUACAACAGUGCAGAUGAUGACUUUGACUCCACCUUUAAGACCAAUGUGCUGGUCAACUCCAGUGGCUAUGCUGAGUAUUUACCUCCAGGCAUUUUCAUGAGCACCUGCAACGUGGACGUUCGAUGGUUCCCCUUCGACAUCCAGAAGUGUGUGCUCAAGUUCGGUUCGUGGACGUACGACGGCUGGCUGCUCGAUCUCCAGAUGAACGACGCGGACGUGUCGGGCUACAUGUCCAACGGGGAGUGGGACCUCAUAGGAGUGCCUGGCACUCGGAACGAGGUAUUCUACGAGUGUUGUAAGGAGCCCUAUCCGGAUGUGACCUUUAUCGUGACCAUAAGGCGGAGAACUCUGUACUAUGCCCUCAACCUUCUCAUCCCCUGCAUGCUCCUCUCUUCAAUGACCCUACUCAUCUUUGUACUACCUGCUGACUCUGGAGAAAAGAUCUCACUGGGGAUUACUGUCUUGCUGUCGCUGACUGUGUUCAUGCUGCUGGUGGCUGAGAUCAUGCCGGCUACAUCUGACUCUGUCCCGCUAAUAGGUCAGUACUUUGCCAGCAUAAUGAUUAUCGUUGGCAUGUCGGUCAUUGCGACGGUGGUGGUCCUGCAGUACCAUCACCAUGACCCCAAUGGAGGAAACAUGCCAAAAUGGGUGAAGCUGGUCCUGCUCCAGUGGGUGGCGUGGUUCCUGCGGAUGAAGCGUCCUGGCGAAGCGGAGAAACCCGAGAGGCCCCAGUGCGCCCCCCAUCUACGUCGCUGUUCCUCAGGCUCCCACAGCGGCAGCAUCCCGAACCACGGCGACCCCGCCCUGCACCCGCUGCACCCUCAGAACCUCGCCCCUCUACACGCGGGGCACCUCCAAUCCAGCGCCAACAACGGGAAUCUUCUUUACAUGGGCUUCCAGCCGAUGGAGGAACCCUCAGUGCUCGUAGACGCCCCCCAGAGGAGUAUCAACGCCCCCUCAGGACCGCGAAGUCCGCCACCGCAUCUGCCGCCUCACCUGUGCAGCUCCCCAAGCCCCAACUUGGACGUGGUAGGAUGCCCCAGCAUUGUCUCCAGCGGCGGGGGGUUUGGCAACGCUGUGGGUCAGGCCGCAGGUCACGGGGACCCUUUACUUCAGGCCGUCCUGGAGGAGGUGCGCUACUUGGCGGACCGCUUCAAGGAGCAGGACGAAGCAGAGUGCGUGGCCGACCAGUGGAAGUUUGCGGGCGCCGUAAUCGACCGCCUGUGCUUGGUGGCGUUCAGCGUCUUCAACAUCAUUUGCACCAUCUCCAUCCUCAUGUCGGCGCCCAACUUUGCGGACGCGGUUUCCAAGGACUUUAUCUGAACGCUCUUGAAGUAUCAAGCGGGAUCCAGAGAGACACAUUUUCCUGCGGACGAAAGACUGCAGGAAAAUGUGGAUUUAGUGACUGAAGCGUUAUUUGAUGUGUGGUGAAAUGUCAAUCCAAACUUUGAGUCGGGGAUAGAAAAGCCAGCCGGGACUUCCUACAAGAAGAAAGUCCACACCUGGGAGCUUGACGGGAGGAAGGAAAGACUCCAAUACAGUUAAGAUGGAGGAGAACAAGACAAGCACAUGCAGAUGAGGGAAGAUAAAGAACACAGGAAGAGACAAAGGUGCUUGUCUAUUAUUCAAUCCCGCACGUCUAAUGGCUGUCAAAUUGAAAAGUCCUCCCAUCAUCUUUAAAGUGCGACAUAAUCGGCUGUGAAAAGAUGACUCUGGCUAUUUUGCAUUUCCAAAGGUCUUAUUAUCUCUUAGUUAGCUCAUACUGGCGAUCUCCAAAAUGAAAUGGAGCUGCAUGCAGAUGCAGAACCUAAAUGGGCGGUAAAGCUACACAAUCGAUACAAAAAAGCAACAUCUUAUUAAAAGCUAGCUCAUGAGUGUCAUUCAAGACGUAGAAUCCCACAAAGGAAGCAGACUCGUCUCUCUCCCUCGCUCGUCAAUGAACACAGGCAACAAAAUCAAUAUUACAAAGAUUUCCUGCUCGUGGCACAAUGCUCCUUUGCUAAUUAGUGUCUAAAGGAGAUCUUCUGAGAGAGGGCUUAAAAUAAUCACAAUAAACUAAUUACAUCUAAUACAAGAGCUGUAGCAUAAUGUUAGCUUGCGCGGACUAGCUAACAUAUUUAGGAAUGUUACAAUUGCACCAUCUGAUAGUACUGUAUUUUCCAUAAACCCAGAAGUGGCAAGAUAGCCGAAAACACAUUUAAAACUUUUGACUUUUUGAGUCACAAAUAGACGAUUUCCCCAAGCAUCAUACAAACCCCAUUUCUAUAUGAGUUGGGAAAUUGUGUUAGAUGUAAAUAUAAACGGAAUACAAUGAUUUGCAAAUCCUUUUCAACCCAUAUUCAAAUUUGGACAUGGUGUCCACAGUUUCCAAAUAUAAUUUGAAAUGUGGACUCUUCAGAACACAGAACACUUUGCAUCAGUCCAUCUUAGAUGCGCUCGGGCCCAGCGAAGCCGGCGGCGUUCCUCAGUGUUGUUGAUAAAUGGUUUUCGCUUUGCAUAGUAGCUUUUUAACUUGCACUUACAGAUGUAGCGACCAACUGUAGUUACUGACAGUGGUUUUAUGAAGCGUUCCUCAGCCCAUGUGGUGAUAUCCUUUACACACUGAUGUCGGUUUUUGGUGCAAUACCGCCUGAGGGAUCAAAGGUCCGUAAUAUCAUACCUUACGUGCAGUGAUUUCUCCAGAUUCUCUGAACCUUUUGAUGAUUUUACGGACUGUAGAUGGUAAAAUCCCUAAAUUCCUUGCAAUAGCUCGUUGAGAAAUGAUGUUCUAAAACUGUUCGACAAUUUGCUUACAAAUUAGUGACUCUCGCCCCAUCCUUGUUUGUGAAUGACUUAGCAUUUCAUGGAAGCUUCUUUUAUACCCAAUCAUGGCACCCACCUGUUCCCAAUUAGCCUGCACACAUGUGGGAUGUUCCAAAAAAGUGUUUGAUAAGCAUUCCUCAACUUUAUCAGUAUUUAUUGCCACCUUUCCCAACUUCUUUGUCACGUGUUGCUGGCAUCAAAUUCUAAAGUUAAUGAUUAUUUGCACAAAAAAAAAAAAGUUUAUCAGUUUGAACAUCAAAUAUGUUGUCUUUGUAGCAUAUUCAACUGAAUAUGGGUUGAAAAUUAUUUGCAAAUCAUUGUAUUCCGUUUAUAUUUACAUCUAACACAAUUUCCCAACUCAUAUGGAAACGGGGUUUGUACCUUUAAGAUAAAAAAAAAAUCUGGAAACUGAGUUACCAGUUCUUUAUCAUAAAAUGUACAUGAACAUAAUGUCAUGGCUGUCUUGAGUUUCCAAUACUUUCUGCAACUCUUAUUUUUUUGUGACGAAGGGAUUGGAGCACAUACUUGUUGGUCACAAAAAACUUUCAUUUAGUUUGGUUCUUUUAUGAGUUUAUUUUGAGUCUACUGAAAAUGUGACCAAAUCUGCUGGGUCAUAAGUAUACAGCAAUGUUAAUAUUUGGUUACAUGUCCCUUGGCAAGUUUCAGUGCAUAAAGGGGAUUUUGGUAGCCAUCCACAAGAUUCUGGCAAGCUUCUGGUUGAAUUUAACCACUCCUCUUGACAAAAUGGGUGCAGUUCAGCUAAAUUUGUUGGUUUUCUGACACGUACCUGUUUCUUUUUGGAGGUAAUCCUCCUUUUUCAUUUUCCCAUUUAAAGCACAAGUUCCAUUGGCAGCAAACCAAGCCCAGAGCUUAGUACUACCUCCACCAUGCUUGACUAUAGGUGUGGUGUGCCUGGGAUUAAAGACUUCGCCUUUUCUCCUCCAAACAUAUUGCGGGGUAUUGUGGCCAAACAGCUCAAUUUUUGUUUCAUCUGACAUCACAUGGACAAAGAUAAAACCUCCUGAAGGAAAGUUCUGUGGUCAGAUGCAACAUGGGACAAACAAACAAAAACAAUUAUAAUUGGCAAUGUCACACUUUGGAAAAAAUAUUUUAUGGUAAAAAAAAAACAAAAGGUAGCUAGGUUGCCAGAUUUUUUACCAAAAAAUUAACUGUUAUUCCACUUACAGUAAUGCACUGUAAAAACAAAGAACGCAUAAUAAAUAAGAAACUUGCAGCUUGGUCGUCACAAAUGUACUGUAAAAAUAACAGUGGUAUUAUUUUUAAUUUUCUGUAAUUUGGUGUAAAACGCAUCAUAAUAUUCACGAUAACAUUUUGAUAACUUUGCUGCCUGUCUUUUUAACGUAAAACAUUUUUUAAAGUCUCUUUUUGCUGAGGGUCUCAAAUGGAACCUUCCCUCCUGCCCCAGAAUCGUACAGUAUCGCCAUCUUACAGUAUGUUCCAUGAACCAGGACGUAACAUGAUAACAAAAUACAACACACAUUUUCCCUUUUGCAUUUAGAAUAACAAAUGGAUCAUUCUUCUCAGAACUAAAAAGGUUAUGACCAUGCAUCUUACUAACUAACCGUGAAGUGGCAUGCUAACGAACCAACAAAAACACAAACAUGGACAAUAUUUUCCCCUUUUUUCCAGAACUUUUGCUCGUCUCCCAGAUUUCAAAAUAUUAAGGUCUCGCCCAUAGAUGUAACUAUGGUCUCUCCAUUUUACAUUAUUUUCCAGACAAAAUUAUUUCCUUUUGCGGCUUGAGACACAAAUUGAAUCUUUUGCUUAACAAACAUGGUGUGCUACAUUUUUUCACCCCUUUUGCUAGUCCCAAAUGGACAAUUAUUGCGAUCCUAUCCUGUACGGUUCAUGACCAUGAAGUCUAUGACAUUUAUAGGCGUAAUAUUUGAUAGAGCUCUUGUAUUGGAUCAGAAUUUUGGUUUCACGUGCGGGUGUAUCAUUAGAGUGGACAAGAUCCUGCAGUUCCUGAGUAUUUCUUUAAUCUCUCGACACCCACAACAUUACUCAUCCUGAAAUAAAAGUAUUCUCUUGUCAAACCUAAUACGACCUGCUUCAUAAAGGGCGAGGGAAGAUGGGAAAGAAAAUAGCUGACAUGGCCUUAAUUGAUCAGUUGUUCAGAAAAGAAGAGAUGUGUGAAGAGGUCAGCGGUGGAAAGUGUGAGGGGGGCAUACAGGGUAA